CAAAACUUCCCCACAAAGCACUUCCAAGGCGGACUUUUAGCGAAUCAACUAGUACCCGAAAGUUAGCACCACCAUGUCUUUUGGCAGACGACUUCGAAAGGCCGUUUCAAAACUUAUUUGCCGUCGGGGUUCGAAGCCUAGAACGGAUACCACUCUUGCUAUGAUCCAUCCCUCUCAAUCUUUUCAGUCGCGACCAUACGAAACACCUGUUGGGGUCGGGGCCAGCGAAAGAGCUCAACCACCGCCCGUUGCCCAGAGCAGAUCGCAGCUAGAACCUAGUCAGGCACACCGAUUAUCUGCUACAGGGCCUGACCCCGAGCCGGAAAACCGAAACCAUGGCGAAAGUUCACGGGAGGAAGAGCAUGUAUCCGAGGAGAACCGACGACAGUCCAAUCUCUGGAGAUCGCCAACAAAUAUCUCCACUUCGAGCAGUGAUUACUCAAAUCAUUCCAUCUCACAUUCACUAUCACCGGCAACACCUGUUCCAUGGCUCGGACGGACCCUGAUGGAUUCACACUUUGUCAAUACGCCUCCUCCAACGCCGCCAGGCAGUGAUAGCACAGACGGUUCAGACCCCGCAUCGGGAGAAGGGGUCAAGGAGCGCGGACAUGCCCCAUUGAUACCGCAGAUGUCAUUUAUUCAGCGAAAUUCAUCAGCACCAGACGAAUUGCGAACAGAGGAGGCGUUAAGCCAGCUACGAAUUACCGAUGAUGGUCGUGGGAUUGUCUAUGGUCAAUUCACCCCUCAAGAUUCACCUAUAACAGGGCAAACCCCACAUGACAUACCUACCAAUACUACCUUUGAAACCAGCUACCCAAAACCAACCACCCUCACGAUGGUCCACCCACAGGAGAUAGAGCAGACGACCGAUCUCCUAGAUCAUGAAGUUCACACAUCAACUGCUCACACUCGCAUCCAGCCCGUGGUAGCGCAAGAACACCUACCGACAGAACGCCGCCCCGAGACACCAACCGGUGAGGUCGCUGAACUAACCGACGAGGAAACGCGACAGGAUGAUUGGGAAGAAGUCUGGCGAAGCGAAUGGGCCUCCAAUAAGGAAGGGAGUCGAAAAUUACGAACCUACGACAAGGGCAAUGGGACAGAAAGCAAGGGUACCGACGAUGCGCCUGCAUUAUUGGUUAGGCCGAAAGAACCAGGACUGAUGGAAGUGAAGGGAUCCACGGCUGGGCCAAGUCGUGCUCCAAUGACUCCGUCGCAAUGAUGCUGACUGCUCCGGAAAGAAAGUUCGUGGCGGCCUGUGCGGAUUUGAUUGCUUCUUUGAAUUGGGUUUUUCUUCAGCCCGCAGUUGGUUGGCUGGUUUUUGUCCUGCAUGAGCAGUUUCCUUUUCCCGGAUGCAUAGGAACGGAAGGGAGGCUGAAAAUUUAGUUCUUUAGUUCUCGAUAUUGUAAAAUACUAAUUAUGGAAGAUUUGGAAUCAGAUAUCAUACCCCCCAAAAAA